AUGGUGGAUCCUGCGGUAUCAUAUCCGGAUAACAGAGCAUUCAACCGGGGUAUGGAACUGGAUAUCUUUUUGAAAAGAUCUGAGGAUUCAGUCUUUAAAGACACGACUGAAGGAUUUCACGUUCGUGCAGUAAUUUCUCUAACAAAUGGAAUGUGCGUUGUGUGGUCUGGUGACAGCUUUUCCGGACUGGCUCCAUCCAAACAUUGGAGACUACUGGACCAACUAAUUCUCGAAAUUUUCGACCCCAAAAAGGGUGUAUCUGAUGGUCUAUGGAUUGACAUGAACGAACUGUCCAAUUUCUGCGAUUUUCCCGGUGAAGUAACCUGGAAAUAUCGCAGACCUAGGCCACCUGCCGUGCGACCGAACCCCCCACCCAUUGCAGGGCCUUUGCCACAUUCAAACCGAUCGAGUGCCAAUGUAAAGAGAGCAGAUAACCACGGCCAUAAAAAUGGCACUACCAAACAGCAAACUUAUCUACCCUCCAUAUAG